UCCUAUAAAUACGGUACAGCUGAAACUGACCUGCUGAAUCUUCAACAUAGAGUCGGUGAGGGUUCUGUUACUAAGAGGUCCCAACCGUGUCCUCUGCAGAAUCUAAGGAGAAAGCUUUGCCGACACCAUGAGUAUCGCCGACCCAGUCACAGUACUGUCAAUUAUCCUAUGUAUUUUCGCGGCAAUACUUUACUAUGGACGCAAAAGAAAUAUUCAUCCGAAUUUCCCUUCUGGUCCCAAACCUUUACCAAUCAUCGGAAAUAUCCCCAUUAUGAACAUGCAGAGACCUUAUGAAACAUUUCACCAGCUUUCUGAGAAGUACGGCUCAGUGUACAGUGUGCAACUAGGAGAGGAGAAAAUGGUCAUCCUGACCGGAUAUGAGACGGUGAAAGAUGCCCUGGUAAACCACGCGGAUGAGUUUUCUGGAAGACCAAAAAUACCACUUUUCCAUGAGUUAACUAAAGGACACGGAGUUAUAUUUUCUAAUAAUGAAAACUGGAAAGUGAUGAGACGGUUCACUCUUUCCACACUGCGAGAUUUUGGUAUGGGGAAGCAACCAAUUGAAAGCAGGAUUGAUGAAGAAAGUGAUUGUUUAGUGGAAAAGAUAAACUCCUACAAAGGCAAACCGUUGGAUAAUACCAUGGUUAUAAAUGCGGCUGUGGCCAAUAUAAUUGUUUCCAUAUUACUGAACCAUCGGUUUGAUUAUGAGGAUCCAACACUCUUAAGGCUUUUGAAAGGUAUCAAUGAUAAUACCAAAUUAUUAGGUUGCCCGAUGGCCAUGAUGUACAACGCAUUUCCCUCUGUGAUGAGCUGGUUACCUGGAAUUCAGAAAACACUGGCUAAAAAUCAAGAUGAGAUGCACAAAUUUAUUAGAGAGACUUUCACCGCCCAGAAGAAACAAUUGGAUGCUAAUGACCAGAGGAAUCUUAUCGACUCAUUCCUGGUGAAACAACAGGAGGAAAAACCAAAUCCUGAAUUAUUUUUCACCAAUGAAAAUCUAACAGUGCUUGUGACCGAUCUCUUUGCUGCUGGCAUGGAAACAACGUCCACUACUCUAAGAUGGGGUCUUCUGUUGAUGAUGAAAUACCCUGAUAUCCAAAGAAAAGUCCAAAAUGAGAUUGAUAAAGUUAUCGGAACAUCGGAGCCUCUGGUUGCUCACCGUAAGGAUAUGCCCUAUACUGACGCUGUAGUGCAUGAGAUUCAAAGAUUUGGAAAUAUAGGUCCAGCAAAUAUCCCGCAUGCUACUACUCAGGACAUCACAUUCCGAGGGUAUUUUAUUCCAAAGGGGACACAGGUAAUCCCACUGCUGAUGUCAGUGCUGUAUGACAAGAAUCACUUUAAAAAACCAAAAGAGUUUUACCCGGAACAUUUUCUGGAUGCUGGUGGCAAUUUUGUGAAGAAUGAAGCGUUCAUGCCGUUCUCAGCUGGUAAGAGAAGUUGUGCCGGUGAGAACUUGGCCAAAAUGGAGCUCUUCAUGUUCUUUGUGAAGCUGCUGCAGAACUUCACCAUCCAGGCUCCUCCGGGGGCCACACUGGACUUGGCCCCUGCAGUUGGUUUUACAUGUUGUCCUAUGAGCUAUAUGAUGUGUGCUGUUUCUCGUACAUAAAAUAGGAUUGCACCAAGCACUAAAAAUAAAGGAUUACAUUUUUUUCCUAGCUGGGUUUAUGUAGACAUAAUAAAGAAUAUACCUAUUUUUCAAACCUCA